AUGAGCACCCCCGUGGUUGCGUCAGCGGACCUUAGGGUACGGGUUGGGGUACCCAGAGCGACGCGUCGCCGCAUCAGCCGGCGACGCGGGUGCGCGCGGAUCUCCGCGAAAGGCGCGGGGUCCGGCGAGCCCGUCGUUCGCGCGCUGGAGACUGCGGUGGCGGAGGAGGAGCGCGCGAUGGGCGCGGACGACGGCGUCGCCGGAGUGAACGUGGACGGCGAACGCGCGCGCGCGGACGCCGGCGCGGAGGCGAGCACGAGCGACGAGGCGGGGUCGGCGCCGCGGUGGGCCGUCGGGGCGUUCGCCGCGUCCGCCAUCGCGCUCGGCGUCGCGCUCGCGCCCUCGAUGGACCCCGGUUCCCUCCGCGGAUGGGUCCGCGACCCAUCCGCCGUCGUCGGGAGGAGGGAGGCGGGGACUUCGACGGAGGCGCUGAGGACGGGGUACCCCGCGGGAGUUACGUGCGGAGACUUCAGCGCGAGACGCACGCAGGUGGCGAGGGACAUACUGACGUGCAACCAGGACAACUGGAGGGAGAACUGCCUGGCACACUACUCCGCAGACGUCGAGUACACGGAUGGGCCGGGGCUGACGCGCAUACGGGGCGCGGCGCAGAUGGGGACGUACCUCGCCAACCAGUUCCAGUUCUCCCGGCAGUACCUCACGGUGAGCGAUGAGACGUGCGCGGCGGACACGUACGUCGCCGAGUGGUCGCUCGACAUGGACCUGGGAACCGGGGAGCUCCGCGAGAUGCCGGGGAUAUCCGUGCUCCGGUUCGUCCCAGCCGCGGAGCCCGCGGCGGGUGACGGGGACGAGGAUGAAAACCUGGUGGCGUAUCACAGGGACUAUCUGCCGGACGGAAAGAUAUGGGAGAACGCGCCCAUCGUCGGUCCGCUGGUGAAAUUUCAGCGGGAGACGUAUCAGUCUUGCAUGCUGUCGCCGAAGGGGUGCGUCGACCUGUUGGGCGCCCCGAAGUAG